AUGUCUGAUGUAUCUGAAGAUGAUGCUGGAGAAUCUGGAAGCCCUGUUCGAGAAGUUCGAGCUUCUAGGCCAACAUUAGCCCAGUUGAUGGAAAUAAUAUCAUUUAUGGAAGAGCACCCGGAUCUGGCUCGCAGGAGGAAAAAUGUAGGUCUGAAGAUUCAAGCCAAACAUAAGAAAUUAUGGACUAAACUCGCAAAACUGGUUAACUCUUUGGAUGGACCUAAAAAAACAAAACCAGCUUGGAUUAAGUUUUGGUCAGACAAACGACGAAGUUUGAUUAUCAAACAGAAACAAAUUGAGCAAGGUAAACUUAAAAGCCGGCUGACGCCAUUACAACGAAAGAUUUUAGUGUUAUGUGAUUAUAAAUUCACACAAACUAGGAAAUUUCGCAGCAGUGUGGGAAGAACACCUGUCAAUGGUAAUGCAUUUGAUGACGCUUCGAAAGGAGGCCAUUAUUUAACGGCAGCAGAACAACGACAGAUCAAAAUGAUUGAGCAAUUGAUUGAUGUGAUGGAUGAGCAAACAGCUGCCAUGACACAACUGUCAGAAGCCACUCUAACUAGCUCAAAAGCCUUGGAGCAAAUAGCAGAUGCAUCAUAUGAACAAGCCCUGGCAGUAGACCGAGUGGCCGGGACUUUUGAAAGUAUUAACGUAUCGGUGAACGAUAUCAGGAAUGCGCUACUAGGAAUAGAUUACACUAUGAAACGCUGCUACCCUGCUACACAACAAAGGCAUAAUAAUAUAUUCAGUUGA